AUGGAGUCUCCGUUCAAGCCGGACGUGCUGAAGGGCAAAGUGGCGCUGCUGACUGGAGGCGGGUCGGUCAUCGGGUUCGAGAAAUCGCGCCAGCUGGGCCUCCGCGGAGCCUCCGUCGCUGUCAUGGGCCGCCGCAAGCACGUCCUCGACUCCGCCGUCGCUGCUCUCCACCUCCACGGCAUUCCCCUCACUAGAAAAUUUCCGUCUUUCCUUGCUCAUACACUUCAAACACUUUCCUUUCUUUUUCGCUGUUUGAUGAUCGAGUCUCUGGUGUGGUGUGGUCCCUGUUGCUGCAAGGCAAUCGGAGUGGAAGGCGAAGUUCGGAAGCGAGACGACGUUGUCAGAGCCCUGGAAUCGACCGUCAAGAGCUUCGGGAGGCUCGACAUUCUGGUGAAUGCUGCCGCCGGCAAUUUCCUAGUCCCAGCCGAGGAUCUGUCUCCCAACGGGUACAGAUGCUAG